AUUAGAUUUAACAAUACGGAUCAUGCUUCAUGACUCCUGUGUGGGAGUAUUAUAAGAGAACUAUCACGUGUUGCAGAAUAUCCUUGUUUGUUUUUUAGUCGUCUCCCAGCCAUGUGUAGGUUCGUUAUUAUCAGCGAAUUAUAAGUUUCAGAGGACAAAGGAUAUUCUGAGCGGUUUAUUUGAAGAGUCUAGCCCGAAGUUUGACAUUUUUACAAACGCCUGAGCAUCAUGGUCUUUAGCUUUUGUCCCAAGCAGACAGUUUUUGCUGGCUUGGUGUUUUUCUUGUACAAAGCAGGGGAGUCGAUGUUAGAUGCUACCAUUCGCCCAUACAUCAUCCAAGCUGUUUGUCGUAACAGAUAUCGUGAUAAUGUGACGAUUUGUUACGAUGCGUCGAUUCAGUCGCGAGCACAAGAAGAGGAUAUACAGAGCACAGCGUCCAACUAUCUGAUCUACUAUAGAAUUCUAGUUAACGUUCCUGCCAUUAUACUGGGUCUAGUGUGGGGAGCUUGGAGUGACCGUCAUGGUCGGAAGCUACCAAUGAUGAUCCCAAGUUUAGGUUCCGUGUUGACGGUUCUGUUAUACGUAGGCAGUUUACAGUCCGUUGACUGGAAUCUUGUGUUGAUUUUGUGCGGCUCCGCAGUUCAAGGAAUAUUUGGUAAGAGUUCGGUUAUAACCACGGCUGUGAAUAGUUAUGUCUCCGACAUAACGGAUAAAGACGACCGAACCGGAUCACUAAGUCGUUUAUUGGCUAUGAACUAUUUUGGUUUGUUCGUGGGUUCGCUGCUUUCGGGUGCACUUCAGGACUACACUGACCUUCAAACAACAUUAACUGUAGUAUGUUUCCUUCAUGCAUUCAGUGUGCUGACCACUAUUGGUUUCAUCAACAACGCAGAUCCGACUACUUCCACAGAAAGGAGAUACGGUAGUCUGUGUAGGGUGUGUACUCCCACGGAAUUGCGUGAAUCUCUUACGGUUCAUCUUACAGUAAGUAAGGUCAACCCCACAAGAGUCUUUACAACAUUAGUCUUCAUAGCGCUGAUGAACCAGACGUGUAAAGUCGGUGACCAGGACGUCACUGUGCUCUUCGUGAAGAAGCAUCCUCUGAAGUGGCCGACGCCCUGGUAUGGAUAUCUCCUCGCCCUGGACUACACUGUUAUGGGAGCAACUCUCAUGAUCUUGACCCCAGUGUUAUCAACCUACGGUAAAGUACCGGAUACAGUUAUUGUAAUCAUUGGUGUAUGUUGUAAGGUCGUGCGUUCUCUAUGGGCGGGCUUCUGCUACCAGUCGUGGAUGGUAUUUGCAUCAGUCCUUAUUGGAGCUGUAGGAGGAAUGAUCAUAUCAGCAGUGCGAUCUUUAGUCAGUAAGAAUGUGGAUGAUAGUGACAUGGGGAAGGCCUUCGCUGUUUUGGCCUGUGCUGAAACGGCGUCAAAAGUGAUCGGUUCCAUUGUUUUCAACUAUGUAUACGGAGCUACCAUUCAUGUUUUUGCUUGUGCCGCCUACCUUAUGGAGGCUAUUAUUUACAUGUUUGUAUUGGCGAUCGCUGUAUGUCUGCAUAAAGAUCUAAAAUUAUCCAGUGAGUACGAUGUCCUGAAAGGUUAUGGAAUAAUUUAUAAAGACUAA